GUACCUACUUAUACGCAUGUACGCCUAUACCUAAAUGAACCUAAAUAGUCGAGUAGCAGGUAGCAGUGAUACUUAUGUGUGUGUUCUGGAACUUCCACGGUGCCAAACAUACAUAAGUAGGAACCGUAGGAACGAACAAAAACUGUGUAUUGCGUCAAGAUAUUAUUGACAAACAUAUUGGGAAUAUUCCAGACUAUCCUUGUUGGCACGCAUUUAUGUAUCGCUCGGUUUAAUCGGAGGCCCUGUUUCCCGAUUAAACUGUGACGAACAGACUUACAGAGGUUAGCGUGUGGUAUACAGUUGAAAGAUUCGUAUUCCAGGUCGAGACGUGUUUAUUGGACAUCUGCUCUUUUUCUCGAGAUUUGUGCCAAAAAUCGGUGUAUAUUGGAGAACUAGUGAAUGCGUUUUUGAAAUUCCGUUGGAAGUAUUGUUCGCUGCCGCGCACAUACACGAAGACCAGAGUACAUAUAUAUAUAUAUAUAUAUGCACAUAUAUUAUAUACGUUCCUCCGAAGUCCUCAGUGGCUCCAAAUGACAAAUGCAAUGGCAGGAGCAAAUCUUCACACACCUUCAUCUAUAUUUCAACACAUGAUGGGUCAGCACAAUGUCUCCCAAUUAUCUGCUCCAUGGAUGCAAAUACCACAGGUGCCUCCAAUAUCGAUACCGUGGAGUGUGCCAUCGAUACAACAACCAGAAUUAAUGAGAUUUACAGGUGGAUCGAGUUUGGAACCAAUCCACCAUCAGAAGAGGAAACUUGAAGCUUCUGAUGUAGUAGAUACGAGACAAACAAAGCAGUUCAUAACAGAAGAAAAGAUGGCAGCACAUUUUAAAGAUUUGCACAUUAGUCCCAAUUACCAAUCAUUGUCCCCUUUACCAUCAACAUCAACAGCUGAUACACAAUCAGUUUUGUCUAAAGAGCUGAACAUGGAUCUAGAUAUGGGUACAACAAAUACGGUAGAUUCAGAUCAAACAAAAUCUCGGCAUUCCAAAUUGAUUCUUUCGGAUGAACUCAAGAAACUGCAGCCAGAGCCUAUUCUUCCAUCUUCAUUGUUGUCUAAAUUGGAGAGGCCCUCCAUGGCUCUAGUUCUUUGGGAACCACCAAGCAAACAUCUUCAUAUUCUACCGUCAAGAGACACUCCGACUCCGAUUCCCGGCGUGUCUGAUAACAACAACAACAACAAUAACAAUAAUAAUAAUGAAGCAAUUCCGGACUUGAAUCAGACGUUACAGUCAAGUAAUACACACGUGUUUGAACCAAUGGAAUUAUGAAGGUAGUCUUGUUAGGACGUUGCUUCUUAUAUUUACAAGUACUGUUAAGAAAAUGGAGAA